GAGAUUUGUGCAUUUAAGAUCUUUGGCCAGGAUGCCCCAUUCCAAGCGGUUGUGUUGAAUCGUACAUCAGGAGAAGGAGUCCUUAGAGCAAGUAGCCCUGUGGACUGUGAAAGCCAAAAGGAGUACACUUUCAUUAUCCAGGCUUAUGACUGUGGAGCUGGAGCCACUGGCACUGACUGGAAAAAGUCCCAUAAGGCAGUGGUACACAUCCAGGUAGACGACGUCAAUGAGUUCAGUCCCGUGUUUAGAGACUCAUUAUACAAGGCAUCAGUGAUCGAAGGAAAGAUCUAUGACAGUAUUUUACAGGUGGAAGCUUGGGACCAGGACUGUUCACCUCAGUACAGCCAGAUCUGCAACUACGAAAUUGUCACUCCAGGGACGCCAUUUGCGAUAGACCGCAAUGGUAACAUCAGAAACACAGAGCGACUGAGUUAUGACAAGCAGCAAAGCUACAAGAUUAUGGUGUCUGCAUUUGACUGUGGUCAGAAGAAGGCCAAGGAGGAUGUGAAUGUGCAUAUUGAUGUCAAGCCUGUCUGCAAACCAGGAUGGCAA